GUGCACCAGUUGGUACUAUUAUAACUAUGCCUAUAGUGGGAUAUAUAUCUUCAACUUCGCUUGGAUGGCCAUUCACAUUUUACUUAUACGGAGGUUUAGGAUAUGCUUGGGUUAUUCUCUAUGCAAUUUUUGGUGCUAAUAGUCCUCAGGAUCAUCGAAGUAUAACAGAAGUUGAGAAGACAUAUAUUGAAAAUGGACUAGACCUGCAUGGAAACAAGCUAUCGACGCCUUGGAAAUCCAUUCUCACUUCGUUACCAGUAUGGGCAAUUUUUUUUGUGCAAAUAGGUUCCAUUUGGGGUUACACAGUCCUUAUUUCGGAAAUACCGACUUAUCUCAGUAAAGUUGCAAACUUCAACAUUGAAUCGAAUGGAUUAUUAUCAGCAUCGCCUUACUGUUGUGCUUUCGUAUUAGGAUUCGUUUUCGCAUUUUCAUCAGAUUAUCUCAUAAACAAUGGCUUUAUGAUGAAAACUAGGAUGAGAAAAAUGGCAACAGCAUUAUCAACCAUUGGCCCGGCAAUAUCAUUAACAAUUCUAGGGUUCCUACCUGAUAAUACACCUGAGUUAUCAGUUGCAAUGUUGAUACUUACUGUUUCACUUCAAUCAGCAGGAACUAGUGGAUAUAUUGUGAACAAUUUAGAUCUGUCUCCAAAUUUUGCUGGGCUCAUCAUGGCGCUAUGCAACAGCUCCACGAAUGUAUUAUCUAUAUUAGGACCUCUUGUUGUGCAAUUAGUAGUAACCGAUAAGACUGAUAGAUCACUAUGGAGAAUAAUAUUCCUGAUAUCAGCCGCAUUGUAUAUUCUCCCAAAUAUUUUUUAUUCCAUUUUUGCAUCCGGAGAAAUUCAGCCUUGGGAUUCUGAAAAGAGUGAAAUAGCAUCCGGAGAAGUUCAGCCUCGUGAUUCAACAGGUAUUGAGAGGAGGAAAGUAGAAGACAGAUCCACGAAGAAGAUGUCAGUCAUAUCAAUAAUGUCAUUAUAAUUCUUGAAAUACAAUUUUUUUAUGAAAGUUU